UUGACAUCCUGUCUAUACUUAUCGUCCACAGGGGAAACUAGUAUCUUAAUCCCCAACUUACCUCGUCCUUCACAAAAGGAAUAUGAUUCCUUUCUUUGAUACUUUCCACCGCUAAAUAAACAUUUAGCGAAAAAAGGCGCAUGUAUUAAACGACGUGGAAUGAUGAGCCGGCCGGAGAAAGAAGCAAUGUGGCCCGAGCAGCAUAUCCCCAUCGAACCAGCCAACGGAAUAAACCGGCCGGUGAAGCGCCACCACUCCGCUCAUUACUACGCCCACCGCGUCAAAGAGAGCCUCACCAGACGAGCCACCAAGAUAUUCUGCGCCGUGUUUCUAACCCUCUUCAUCGUCGUCUGCGUCGCCGCUUUCAUCCUCUGGCUCAGCUUGCGCCCCCACCGCCCCAGAUUCCACGUCCAAGAAUUCUCCAUCCCGGCAUUCGCCCAAGAAGCCGGAUUCAACAACGCCGCCAUCAUUUACAAUGCGACGGCGCGUAACGCCAAUCAAAUCAUGGGCGUUUACUAUGACUCCGUGCAGCUGGCGGUUUACUAUCAGGAGAAUAUCAUAGGCGGUUCUCCUGUGCUCUUUCCGUUGUAUCAGAAACCGAAAACUACGACGGUGAUCAACGGACAGCUGAGCGGCGCCACCCUGAGAGUGAGCGAGCAACGGUGGCAGCAGUUCGUGGCGGACCUAGGGAAGGGCGAGGUGGUUUUCCGGCUUGACAUUUCGUCGACCAUCCGGUUCAGAAUAUGGAAGUGGCAUAGCAAGCGCCACAAGAUGCAUGCUCAUUGCCCGGUUGGAGUUGGACCCGAUGGUUUCAUCUUGCCCCAUUACCGAGAUAAGAGGUGCCCCUUGUACUUCAGCUAGCUAAUUCAUCACCGUGUACGACUCAUCAUUUCCAUAUUCAAUCAACCUAUGAAUGCUUAUAUUUAUUGUAAUUAAUUUGUCAAGAGAUGAAAGGCCUUUAUCUUUCUAA